AUGGUGCGAACCAUCGCCAUUGCAACGGCUUUCGCCGCAAUUACAUCAGCGCACUGCACGCGCCCGCUCCUCAAAGAAGCAGUCGAUGCUUACCUUGCCGCCCAAACAAUCGGCCAAAUCGACACCUUCACCACCCACUUCGACAACUCCACCUGGCUUGGUUAUCACGAGAACUCUGUCAAAGUAAACAUAACCUCCGGAAUUCUCACCAAGCCUCUCGCCAUCACGCACAAUCGCUCUUUCUACGACACAUCCUCCUGCGCAACCUUCACGGAGGUCAUUGUGAACAACACAACGAAUCCUUACAUUAUUGGUACGCAGCUGCGCUUCACUAACCACAAGAUCAACAAGGUGGACUCGGUGGUCACGAGACCUGGAGACUGGCUCUUCAACGUCACGGGAUACGUGUACUGGACCGCGUACGAGAACUGGGAAGCCAUACCCGAAGAAAAACGCGACACACAACUCACCAUCCGCAAAGCCGCAGACGCCUAUCUAGAUUUGUUCAAUAACAAGAACGUCACCGUGCCAUGGGGUACACCUUGCGUGCGCCUCGAAGGCGGACUGUAUGGCGAUCCUGGACCGAAUGGGACGUGUGAUGUUGGCGUGCCGUCGGGCGUGCCGCUCACGAAUAGGCGCUACGUGAUUGAUGAGACGCUUGGGAGUGUGGAUGUACUACUGGACUUUGGGAAUAGCAAGUGGCCGGACAGUCAUUUAUUUCGAGUGGAGAAUGGCAAAUUGAGAUACGUGCAUACGAUCACUCAUUGUGGGAUUGCCAAUUGCGGGGUUUGA